AUGUCGCGGCCUUUGCAUGUCAUACAUUUGCUACCGCUCGAUCCCGUAAAGUCCUUUUUUCAAUUGUUUCCUAAGACUUUCCCCGAAGGAGGACCUCCACAAGAUUCAUUCAUGACAAGUCCAAAAGCAUUAAGAAGGGAAUAUCGUGUACUACAAAGCGAGAACCAUCCAGAUAUCUUAAUUGGCUCUUCAGCUCUCAACAAGGCAGGCUCCAGUGGGGAUGCAUCGUUCUCCUCCAUCAUCAACAGAGCAUACACAACCUUGAGGAAUCCAUAUUCAAGAAUUGCCCAUUUAAUACAAUUGUACCAUCCCCAGGAACUUGAUAUAACUCAAGACGACACAGCUAAAGAGUUGAUAGCCAAAUUCCAAUCCCAAUCCCCUGAAUCAUCUCUCGAAUACAAGGAAAUGUUGCUCAUGGUGUUGGAAGCACAUGAGUCAUUGGAGAUGGCGGAACAGGAGAGUGAAUUGGAAGACUUGUCAGCUGAAAACGACGAAAGAAUUAAGGAGAGCGAGAAGACUAUAGACGCAAUUAUUCAAAAUCACUGGCCAAUCACUGAUUGGGAUGCUCUUAUGAUGGAGGCCAUAAGGUUAAAAUACUGGGUAAACAUACAAAACGGUAUUAAGGAAUGGGAGCCUGGAAAGCCAGUUCAUUUAACCCAUUAG